CACCGUGAGAUCGGUUCGCCGUCGGUUUCCUGCUGCGGUGAGAAGAGCGGCGUCGAGACAGACUGGGAAGACUCAACACCACACACCACCUGCAAAAUAACUCUAUUAUACAAUGAAACUGUUAGCAGCAUCUCCCUCUCUGGACACCCGCUUCGUCACGGUUAUACUGCUGGUGAUGGGCCUCUCUACUCCUGGACUAGCAGAAAUCACCAGUCUGGACUCAGGCAACAUUGAUGAUGUCCUCAAUAAUGCUGGGGUGGCAUUAGUGAAUUUUUACGCAGACUGGUGUAGGUUCAGUCAGAUGCUCCAUCCAAUUUUUGAGGAGGCAUCUAAUGUAGUGCGGGAGGAGUUCCCUGAUACCAAGCAGGUGGUGUUUGCUCGUGUCGACUGUGACCAACAUUCGGACAUUGCCCAGCGGUACCGCAUCACCAAGUACCCGACGUUGAAGUUGUUCCGCAAUGGGAUGAUGAUGAAGAGGGAGUACAGGGGUCAGAGGUCGGUGGUGGCCAUUGCUGACUUCAUCCGCCAGCAGCAGGUCGACCCCGUGAAAGAAAUGCACUCAAUGGAGGAGGUUAACACUCUGGAUAGGAGUAAGAGAAACAUCAUAGGUUACUUUGAUAAAAAGGACUCAGAUAACUACCACACAUAUGAAAAAGUCGCCAACAUCCUUCGAGAUGACUGCACAUUCUUGGCUGCCUUUGGUGCUGUCUCUGAAGCAGAGCGCUUCAGUGGAGACAAUGUGAUCUACAAACCUGUGGGCGAGGGCAUCCCUGACAUGGUCUACCUCGGUUCAAUCACCAACUUUGACCUGACCUACGCUUGGGCUCAAGACAAGUGUGUGCCUCUGGUCAGGGAGAUCACCUUUGAAAAUGGAGAGGAGCUGACUGAAGAAGGGAUCCCUUUCCUCAUCUUGUUCCAUAUCAAAGAAGACACAGACAGCUUAGAGAAAUUCCAGCAUGAAGUAGCACGCCAGCUCAUCAGCGAGAAAGGGUCUAUAAACUUCCUUCAUGCAGACUGUGAUAAGUUCCGCCAUCCUCUGCUCCAUAUCCAGAAAACUCCAGCUGACUGUCCCGUCAUCGCUAUAGACUCCUUCAGACACAUGUAUGUCUUUCCCGACUUCAAAGACCUCGCUGUCCCUGGCAAGUUGAGACAGUUUGUGUUGGACCUUCACUCUGGAAAGCUUCACCGAGAGUUUCACCAUGGUCCUGACCCCACAGACAGCACGCCCGGACAGGAGGAGACGGGAGGAGAGGUGGCCAGCAGCCCUCCAGAGAGCUCGUUCCAAAAGCUAGCACCCAGUGGGAGUCGCUACACCAUCCUCAGACGGGACCGCGACGAGCUGUGACCUCUACGGCCUUCCAGUGAUCCUGUGACUCAGUGCCACGCCCCGGGGUCAGGGAGGGGGUUAGGGUUGGGACAGGCCAACGGGACAGAACAGCAACACCCAACACCCUUACUGAAGAGAGAGAGAUAGAGAUAGAGAGGAGGAGGGGGAUGAUGAAGAAGGAGGAGGAGAAAAAGAAGAACAGGAGGAGAAGACAGGAGCGCAGUCCAUGACACAACCAUGUUGGAAUAACCUAUAUUUUCAUAACUCUUUCACGUACAAUUUUUAUUUUGGAUUAAAAGGAAGGGGGAUAAAGAAGAAAUGUGUGUGGGCAGGGGGUUAGGGGCAUUAGGACGUCAAGAGAAGUGUUUUUACUUUUAUUUUUUGGAGCUUGUAAAUAUGUUUGUGCUACCUGGGAGUCUCAUUGUUGGUCUAAAUUAAAUGCAGAGUUUUCUUUAUUUUAUUCUUUUUUUUCCAUCACCCUGCUUUUUGUAGGAAAAAAAAACAGAACAGUUCCCUCACUCCAGUUGUACGGUUCUUAUCUGUGGGUAGUCCAGUUCAGCCUGACUGAUAGGAGACUCUUAUGUAGUCUCACUGACCUCACGGCUGCAUCUCAAUACGACCAACUCUAGUCUAAUUCAAUUGUAUAGCACAAGUUAUAACAAUAUGCCUGUUUGAAGUAGCUUUAUCUCCAUAUCUUCUCACAGACACACAGAGUUCUGAAGGAAUAGAUAUAAUAAAUAUUUUGAAAUACUUGGUAGGGUUACUGUAAUUUCAAAACAUGACUUAAGACAGAAGGUAGAGAGACAGAGCUACUCCAGCCUAUUGAGAUGCACCCCUUCUCUCCCGGGUACUAAAUAAUAAUAAUAAUAAUAGAUUAUGAUGUCUCUUACAGUGCCUGUAAGAAAAUAUUCACCCCCUUGGAUCUUUUUAUGUUUUACUUUUUUACAACACAAUCACAGAGGAUGCAAUUAGGAUUUUUUUGCCACCAAACAACAGAAAACACUGUAAUGUCAAAGUGAAUUAGCUUUUUGACCAUCAUACUAAACACUAGUCUUAACACUGCACAUUACCAAAAACACACUAUCCCCACUAUAAAGCCUGCUGGUGGCAGCAUCAUGCUGCGUGGAGGUUUCUCUGCGGCAGGCCCUGGAUGGCUUGUGAUGGUAGAAAGGGUUAAAUGAAAGCAGCAAAGAGAAAUACUGAAGGAAACCUUUAAGUACAUUAAUUUAUUUAAGAGGAAGACACAAACCUCAAACAUAAAUUAACACAGGAAUGACUUGAAAACAACCAUGUUAAUGUUCUGGAUUGGCUGAAUCAGUGACCAGACCUCAAAGUCCAGUCCAGAAUUUGCUUGCAUGACUAAAAAAAUGGCUUUUCACUUAUAAUUUUAAUGAAGAAAGAAGGAUGGAGGAGUGGUAGAGACACAGACUGAAAUUGUUGCCAAAGGUGCCUCUUUUUUAAGAAUUGUCUCAAAGGACAUGAAUACUUAUGCAACAGAUUUUGUCAAUUUUGUACCCCUUACUAAUCUAUAGAAAAUUACAUUUUACACAGAAAUUAGUGAGUAUUUUUCUGUUGAUCAGUGUCUAAAAGUCUAAUUACAUCCACAGCUUUAAAACAGUAAAAUAUGAAUGGGUCAAAGGGGGAUAGAUACUUUUCAUGGGCACAGUAUUUUGUCAUAACACCUCUGAGUUGUGUUCCUGGGAAUCAAAAUAGAAGAAAAAAAAUGUUUUGAAAUAGUGUAACUUUAACAUGAUCACGAAUUUAUGAAAUGGCUGUUGUUUUUGCUGUUACCUGUUGUUCAAAUGUGUCAUCAUGCUGGGGAAGACUGCGUCCUUCCCAGUGUUUUAAAAAAAAGUCUAGAGACGAGAGGGGAAAACCCAGUGCGAUGAACGGUGGAAAUUUACAGUCUGCCUCUUUAUACAAGUCCUCUUAAAACUGGUUUUGUCUCUUUAUAUGUCUUUGAGGUUUUUGGUACAGUCUAGAUCCCUGAGAUCCAUUGAAUGAAUGAAAUCCAAAAGCAGAAGCCAGAUUAAGAGUUUGGGGACCCAUUGCUAAGUUUGUACUGUGCGCCCUGCCCUUCCAUAGAGGCCAACUGAUGCCUGCAUAGUGACAUAUCAGCCCACAUACAGGAGAGCAACAGGGGUUAGCGCGAUGCCAUUUCUAAAACCAGUCAUCUCAGAGGGGAAGAAGAGUAAAAAAAAUGAAAAAGUAAAUUAAAAACCAUUUUACAGGA